GAAGUUGGGGGCCAUGUCAAGAUGCUGGACUCUUCGACCACAAACAGUGGGUGCUGUCCUGGGAUCACUCAGGGACUUCCAGCAGGUGGUAGAUGGUGUGAGCUCACUCCGGCUGCUGGGCAGAGUGGAUGUGGAGGCAGGGAGACUACAGUUGGACCACCCAUCCUGCAGGCAGGUAAGAAGGCACGGGUUCAGGAAGGGAGAGGGUUAGAGGACGGGGCAAACCAGGUCCUCCCACUGAUCUGAGAUUGAAGAAGAUGCAGUAGUGACAAACCAGGAUGGUGCCUGGGCUCAUCGGGAAAUGAAAGACUAGGCAGGCAGUGGGCUAUACACCAUGGUGCUUGCCAGAUUUCAGAUUGGUGAUUUUUGUUGAUGCAGCUGGUGUAGUCAAGUGGGCAGUUGGUUUAGGGAAAGUGCUUUUAGGAGGGCAGGUAGGAAGUAUUAAAACCAUGGUCCUGGAAAUGUCACUGUUCAGAGGAGACUACUGUCACCUUGAGAGGAACCUAGGACAUGGUGAAGACAAGAUGGCCGGGACCACCAACCUUGCUGUGGUAAGGACAGGAGAUGGAAUGGCAGUCAUUGCCUCUGGUGUAGCUGGUGAACUUGUAGAGCGGAAGAGUAGGCUAGCCCGCAAGCCUCACACAGCCAGCCGGAGCCUGGGAAGGAGGUCCCCUCAGCCUUCUAGCAUCCGCCCUCAUCUGGGUAUCUGGAUCCCUGGGAAAUGGUACAACCGAAGUCUGCCUUGGUGUCUCAGGUUCCUAUAAAUUGUGUCACUGCUCCCAUCCCCAGUCAGGGGUCUUAUCCAUUCUAGAAUGUCAUCUAUGCCCUCUGGCCCUGCUCACAUUCAUGUACAAUUCUGGGCACCUCUACUGGGUGCUGCCUAUGUUCAGUUACUGGACACGUAAGUAAGGCUCGCACAGCUCCUAUCUGUAGCCAAGGCUUUGUGCACCUAACAGGAGCUUCUUAGUGGCUGCCUGUCUGUAGCUUUGCAUAGGUUGAGUGAGGUUAGAAAACUGAGGCCAGGGGGGCAGUGGAGAGACUCGGGAGGGGCGUCUGGGGCUAGGUUUUGGGAACCGGAACCAGAAGUUUGCCCAGUAAACCAAAGUUUCACCCAUCCCACAACUGCCUGUCCAUGUGGGUCUUGUGUAUGUCUUCUCAGGGAAGCCAUGGGUCAUUCAGUCUGUCUCCCUCCCUCCUAACCCCGCCUUUAAAAAAAAAAAAAACAAAAACAAGGUCUCAUGUCAUCCAGAUUGGCUUGGAACUUACUGUGUAGUUGAAGAGGACCUUGAAUUCCUGCUCCCCUUGUUGCCAUCUCCCAAAUGGUGGGUCACAUGUGUACGCAGUGCUGGGCGUUGCCGACUCUCACUGCGUGUGAGGCAAGCACUCGAUGGAUGGAGUGGUCUCCCAUCCCGGCCUGCCCUUUGGCUUACUUUAUUGGUUGUCAUGUUCAUGUUCAGUCACAGAGACACAAUGGAGUGCCCUGCCCCACACUUGCCAUCUGGCCCUAGGCUAGACUCUCCCACCUGGCUCUAGCAACCCAGUCUUAGCUUGGUGCCUAAAGGGUCCCACAAAUCGGGUCAGCAGUACCACCCCCAUACAGCAUCGUACACGUUUUUGUGUAAGAGAUACAUACAGGUGCGAUUGUCCAUUUCAGAGGGGCUGAGUCACCCACUAUCCAAGCUGGGUCCUUACCAACUCGACGUUCAAGUUGGUAUUCAAAAGGGAACCUGAACAUGUGCAAGUCAAAGACAUAGAGCAGCACAGGGACAGCGUAGGUUGUACAGGGAUAGUGUAGGUUGUUCACACUGAAGCAUCUUACUGGCAAAGGGCAUUAUUGGCCAGCUUCCCUUGGGGUGAGUGGGGGACGCCACGAGCCUUACAACCCAAAGGACUAUUCCGUAACUACAACUAGGAGGGUGUAAGAGCCACCAGAAAGGUAUAGUGUCCUGUUCUAAGUCAGAGGAGCUCUGGGGCUGGUAGAGCGGUGGCUAGGCAGUGGGGUGCCCUGGGCACCUCUUGGAAGCCAGCUCUGUAAGAUUUAGGGCUGUGAGGACAGGCUGGACCCCUGGGUCUCAAAUAGGCUUCAUCAUAGGGAGCCCACAGGCCCAUGGCUAGCCCUCUUAACUCAGGAAGCUGGGGAGCGAAGGCUCAAGUGUGGCUUCUGACAGCCUGGCUGCAGUCAGCAUUACUCAGUGAAGGCUCCAUGCUGUGCUUGACCCUCACUUCCUGUGCAUGGCCAUCUCAGCCUGUAUCUUGGCUGAAGGAGUGAAAGAGGAAGUGAGGGAAGCUGGGACUGCUGUGGGGAGGGAUGCAAGGACAAGGGAACCAAGGCAGCAAGGCAGUGUGGAAGUGCAUGUGAGUACCUGGAGCAGGAUUGCUUGGACCAUUAGCAGAACCCAGCCCAGGCCAGGCCAGGGUAUGGAGUGUGGUGUGUGCUCCAGGUCACAGCCUAAGCAAGGUGUGGCUGGAGACCAACACUUUGAGAGGCUGUGUACUGCAGAAAGACAGACGUCAGAGUCAGGCUGGCCUCCAGGGUCACAGGGCCACCAAAUGUGGCUGUGCUAUGUGCCUAGCCAACAUGGGCAAGUAGGGCUAAUGGGCGAAGUGCUUCUGCCCUGGGAAGCUGCCCAAGACCCAACCCCUAGGAAGAAGCUGCCACCCUGCCAGGGCUGCGCAGUUCUCCUGGGUCACCUCCCAGGUCAGGGCUCAUACUUCUAAGAAAAUGGCUUGGGCGAGGUCAGAAGAACACUCCCCCCCGCCCCCGUCUUCCCAGUGCACGUGCCUACCCUCCAGCUUCCCUGCCUCUUUUCUUCCUUCCCUACAGCUGGUAUCUGUGAACACGGAGUUGCAAGUCCCUUUCUUCGGCAAGUGUCUCUUGGUUCUGCCCAGGAGAUCUAGACCAUGGUGACUAGGGGAGAGUGGGUGGCAGUAGAGGUCAGCCCUUGGCCAGUUCUAUCCCCUCCUAGGUAGUGACAUCCUCCCUCCUUUGUAACUCACAUGCUCCAUCUUAUCCUGGGGUGGCCAGGAGGAAGGGAACUGAGGUUUACAAUACCGAUGCCUGAGGCUUAGGGCACCUUAUCCAUGAGAUGGCCCAGAACCCUAUUCCAGGGUGGUAAAGAAAUGUAGCACAUGGCAGCUUGGAAGAAGAGUGAGACACUUCAGGCCUGACAUGAUGUCAUCCCAUGAUGUCACCCUGCCACCUCAAAGCACCCCAAAGUAAGACUAGGGUAAGAACACCAUGGGUUUUAAAUGGAUGAAGUGUGUCAUCCCUGAUACUUCGUUCAUGAGUGAGUUUGGGAGGGAGAGAAGACAAGAACACGCUCCCUGCCCUCAACGGAGCUAAGAGUUAAUAGAAGGCUCCUGACCAGAGCCCAGAGCCCUUCUCACCUUUGCCCCACUAACCUGGUCUGGUCUGGUCUGGCCCCACUCAGUCCUGUUGUUUGGUGGACUGGCUUCUUGGUCCAUGCCUAGAGGACAUGGAUACACAGACACAUCCUGUGGCCAUGUAGAAUCCUUAGACCACUGCAAACCCUUCAGUCUGAGAGGAAGGGUAAGGACUGAGGCUGUCCUGUGGCCCGCACCUAGCAAGUAUCUACUGAGCCUAGAGUGUGUACCUGACACCUCACCAGACCUGCCCUCCAGGAGCAUCCGGUCUAGAUGGGAGUCAGGAAGGGAAAAAUACAGAUGAUGAGGGGGAUGUACUCCACCCAGCUUUGUAGUCAGGAAGUGUAGGGCAUUUCUUUUUUUCUUUUUUCUUUUUUUUCUCAGAGCUGGGGACCGAACCCAGGGCCUUGCACUUGCUAGGUAAGCGCUCUACCACUGAGCUAAAUCCCCAACCCCAGGGUAGGGCAUUUCUGAUGGAUGGGUCAGGAGGGCUUCCUGGAGGAAGGUUUCUCUGAGCACUGUUGGGGCCCAGUACCCACCCUUGGGAGGCAAGGCCCAGCAAACAGUAAACAUACAAGGCUGAGUCUCCCCCUUGCAGAGUCCUGGAGGGUUUUUGAGUGAGGAAAGAAAGGAUGGUGGUGUCCCUUACUGUCUCAUGGCCACAGGAGAGGUCAGAGGGGGAGAGGGGAGACUGAGGCUGGCAGUCAAGGUGGUGUAGUUAAUGCAGGAACUGGACCAGGGUUUGGCAAUAAGGAGACAGAGGUGUGUGCAGACACCAGUGGAGCUGGGGGCAUCCGAGGACACUCCCAGAGAAGAUGCCUCGUGGGACCCAGGAACUCAGCCAUGCUGUCUGAGUCCCAGACCUUACAGUCAGACUGCACUUAGGGUUAGCCACAGGGCCAAGAGGCCAGACUGAGGAGGGUGCUCUGGCCUCUGGACCAGUCCCCAUGUCAUUUCAGUACCAGCUAGUAGCCACACCCCCCAGCCUGAGAACCUGCAGCUACCCUUGGGGUCAGAAUCUUCCAGGGCAGUUGUCACUAGGGACCUCCAUGUUCAGUCAAAGUCACUCCCAAAUGACUCCCAAUCCUGCGUCCAAACUAGUGGUACCCAUUGCUGUCUUCCUGCGCAUCCUUCCAGCCAGCACCAAUCCCUGAACCAACCGCCCUGGCCCUGGGCUUGCAGAAGCCUCCCAGAUGCGGUGUGGAGGCGGAGCCUGUGUCUGUGUGGAAUCAGGUGUCCAUUCUUGGGGCCCUUCGGGAGCCCCUUCCAUCUUCUCAUUUGGCACCCUGAGUGUGGCGCUGGCCCUUUAAAGCAGAUCGGGGUCUGGCGUUGAGGGAAAAAAAUUACCAGAUUUCUGCUGUCUGCUUACAUGCCUGGCCUUGGGAGGGAAGGGGGGGUCACUCCAGCCCCCAAUAGGGGCAUUGGAAGGGCAGGUGGAGCCAGUAGCAUUGAUUGCAGUAACCUGAUCCCGCGGGGGAGGCGACGACAUCGUUGCGCAUCGGGCUGCCAAGGAAGGAAGCUGCCCGCAUCUGAGGGUUGGGCCAGGAAGAGUUGGGGCUGGGGCCUGGGUCGGCAGCUGCGGCCUCCUCUCUGGCCCAUCUAUUUUUAAUGAGCUCCCCGGGCUUCUGCAGCCGGCAGAAUGCAGAAAGGCAGGCCCAGUCUGUGGAGGCCAGAAGUCCCAGCCCUGCCUUGAGCUCUGGCCCCCCUACCCUUCUGGGCAUGAAAGGGCAGCUCUGGAGCCCCGCAGCCCCCUGGCCGGGCAGGGCUCUCCAUGCAGCUGGUACUGAAGAUGGAUUCGAGCCCAGACAAUGACAGCUGGUUGGAGGAUCAGUGGGAACGCUGGCUCACCCAUGAUAUCAGCCUGGAGGAGUUUGAGGAUGAAGACCUUUCGGAGAUCACUGAUGAGUGUGGCAUCAGCCUGCAGUGCAAAGACACCUUGUCUCUCCGGAUGGACCUGAUCGACGCGGCAAGUGACACUCCGGGCGCCGAGGACGACGAAGAGGACGACGACGAGCUCGCUGCCCAACGGCCAGGAGUGGGGCCUUCCAAAGCCGAGUCUGGCCAGGAGCCGGCGUCUCGCAGCCAGGGUCAGGGCCAGGGCCCCGGCACAGGCAGCGGAGACACCUACCGGCCCAAGAGGCCUACCACGCUCAACCUUUUCCCGCAGGUGCCGCGGUCUCAGGACACGCUGAAUAAUAACUCUUUAGGCAAAAAGCACAGUUGGCAGGACCGUGUGUCUCGAUCAUCCUCCCCUCUGAAGACAGGGGAGCAGACGCCUCCACAUGAACAUAUCUGCCUGAGUGAUGAGCUGCCGCCCCAGGGCAGUCCUGUUCCCACCCAGGAUCGUGGCACUUCCACCGACAGCCCUUGUCGCCGUACUGCAGCCACCCAGAUGGCACCUCCAAGUGGUCCCCCUGCCACUGCACCUGGUGGCCGGGGCCACUCCCAUCGAGAUCGAAUCCACUAUCAGGCAGAUGUGCGGCUCGAGGCGACUGAGGAGAUCUACCUGACCCCAGUGCAGAGGCCCCCAGACCCUGCAGAACCCACCUCCACCUUCUUGCCACCCACUGAGAGCCGGAUGUCUGUCAGCUCGGAUCCUGACCCUGCCGCUUACUCUGUAACUGCAGGGCGACCGCACCCUUCCAUCAGUGAAGAGGAUGAGGGCUUCGACUGUCUGUCAUCCCCAGAGCAAGCUGAGCCACCAGGUGGAGGGUGGCGGGGAAGCCUCGGGGAGCCACCACCGCCUCCACGGGCCUCACUGAGCUCGGACACCAGCGCACUGUCCUACGACUCUGUCAAGUACACACUGGUGGUGGAUGAGCAUGCCCAGCUUGAGUUGGUGAGCCUGCGGCCAUGUUUUGGAGAUUACAGUGACGAAAGCGACUCUGCCACUGUCUAUGACAACUGUGCCUCUGCCUCCUCGCCCUACGAGUCAGCCAUUGGUGAGGAAUAUGAGGAGGCCCCUCAACCCCGGCCUCCCACCUGCCUGUCAGAGGACUCCACACCGGAUGAGCCUGACGUCCACUUCUCUAAGAAGUUUCUGAAUGUCUUCAUGAGUGGCCGCUCUCGUUCCUCCAGUGCCGAGUCCUUUGGGCUGUUCUCCUGUGUCAUCAAUGGGGAGGAGCAUGAGCAAACCCAUCGGGCUAUAUUCAGGUUUGUGCCUCGGCAUGAAGAUGAACUUGAGCUGGAAGUGGACGACCCUCUGCUGGUGGAGCUGCAGGCAGAAGACUAUUGGUAUGAGGCCUAUAACAUGCGCACUGGAGCCCGUGGUGUCUUUCCUGCCUACUAUGCCAUUGAGGUCACCAAGGAGCCUGAGCACAUGGCAGCCCUUGCCAAAAACAGCGACUGGAUUGACCAGUUCCGGGUGAAGUUCCUGGGCUCUGUCCAGGUUCCUUAUCACAAGGGCAAUGAUGUCCUCUGUGCUGCUAUGCAAAAGAUCGCCACCACCCGCCGGCUCACCGUGCACUUUAACCCGCCCUCCAGCUGUGUCCUUGAAAUCAGCGUUAGGGGUGUCAAGAUAGGUGUCAAAGCUGAUGAAGCUCAGGAGGCCAAGGGAAAUAAAUGUAGCCACUUUUUCCAGCUAAAAAACAUCUCUUUCUGUGGGUACCAUCCAAAGAACAACAAGUACUUUGGGUUUAUCACUAAGCACCCUGCUGACCACCGGUUUGCCUGCCAUGUCUUUGUGUCUGAAGAUUCCACCAAAGCCCUGGCAGAGUCUGUGGGGCGUGCAUUUCAGCAGUUCUACAAGCAAUUUGUGGAAUAUACCUGUCCUACAGAAGAUAUCUACUUGGAGUAGCAGCAACCCCCCUCUCUGCAGCCCCUCAGCCCCAGGCCAGUACUAGGACAGCUGACUGCUGACAGGAUGUUGUACUGCCACGAGAGAAUGGGGGAGUGAGGGCUGUUGGGGUUGGGGGGCAGGGGUUUGGGGAGAGGCAGAUGCAGUUUAUUGUAAUAUAUGGGGUUAGAUUAAUCUAUGGAGGACAGUACAGGCUCUCUCGGGGCUGGGGAAGGGCAGGGCUGGGGUGGGGGUCAGGCAUCUGGCCACAAAGGGAUCCCCUAGGGACAGAGGCGCUGCACCAUCCUGGGCCUUGUUUCAUACUAGAGGCCCUGGCUUUCUGGCUCUUGGGUCCUGCCUUGACAAAGCCCAUGCCACCUGGAAGUGUCACCUUCCCUUGUCCACCUCACCCAGAGCCCUGAGCUCAUGCUGAGCCCAAGCACCUCCGAAGGACUUUCCAGUAAGGAAAUGGCAACAUGUGACAGUGAGGACCCUGUUCUCAUCUGUGGGGCCUCCGGCAGCUCCGACCUCCAGCCUGGCCAGCACGCUGACCCUGGCAAGCUUGUGUGUUCAAAGAAGGAGAGGGCCACAGCAAGCCCUGCCUGCCAGGGAAGGUUCCCUCUCAGCUGGCCCCAGCCAACUGGUCACUGUCUUGUCACCUGGCUACUACUAUUAAAGUGCCAUUUCUUGUCUGGA